AUGGCCCAACCACCGCAACAAGGCUUUGUACCUGAAAAGGUUCAGGAGUUCAACCGGAGGGCCUCACAAGAUCUCUCUGAGGCGUCUAUCCCUCACCAAAAGCUUCGUCCUCAAGAGACGCCUAAGAAGGAGGCACACCAGAAUGGAACUGACAAACAGCCGGAGAAGCCAGUCAGGGAGGAGAAACCCAAAGUGGAGACGGGGUACGCGUCGAGACAGAACCUGGAGAGCAAGAACCCAUUCUCUCCAAACUUCUACCGAAACAGUCGUCCUCACGGCCACUUCGAGAUGGGGCCGCGUGGCCUGGACUACUCCCCGCACAGGAUGGGGCUGGACUUCUCCAACCGGCUGCGGGACUAUGGCCCUCAGAGGUCCACCUCUAUUCACGGACAUGAGAUGACUGACGCUCCAAUGAAGCCUGAGUACCUGGGUCACCGCAGUCACUUCGGUAGUCAGAUCGUGCCGGGGGGUAUCAACCACCCUGACGUGGUGUUCCGACACGACUACUACAGCCAGAUGGGGUUCUCUCCUCCUCGCGCGUCAAGGUUCUCCUCGCAGGAGUACCUGAACGCGCCAGCUCAGUACGGGCGCUGGCCCGACUACCGACAGGAGUACCGCCAGCGCCGCCGCUCCCAGCAGGACCUGCACUCACUCGGACAGAGUCCGGAAACAGCUCACCUCGACAAAGUCUAA